GAAACCACUGCAUCACCAGCUCCUAUCAAAAAAUCUGGAAGGGGUAGAAAGGCACAAUCCAAUUCAGUUGACACUCGGGCAACAUCUGCAGAAGUAGUUGUAGCUGAAGAAAGCAGUUUGGAAAGUGGAAUGCCUUUCUCUACAGCAAAGAGAUCAGAACAAGGUGCAGUCAAAGAUAAUGCAGAAUUGGAAACCACUGCAUCACCAGCUCCUAUCAAAAAAUCUGGAAGGGGUAGAAAGGCAAAAUCCAAUUCAGUUGACACUCAUGUAACAUCUGCAGAAGUAGUUGUAGCUGAAGAAAGCAGUCUGGAAAGUGGAAUGCCUUUCUCUACAGCAAAGAGAUCAGAACAAGGUGCAGUCAAAGAUAAUGCAGAAUUGGAAACCACUGCAUCACCAGUUCCUAUCAAAAAAUCUGGAAGGGGUAGAAAGGCAAAACCCAGUUCAGAUGACACUCAAGCAACAUCUGUCAAAGUAGCAUCAGCUGGAGAAAGCCUUCCUGAAAGUGUAAUGCGUACUCAUAGAACAAAAAGAUCACAGCAAGGUGCAAUCAAAGAUAUUGCAGAAUUUGAGACAACUGCAUCACCAGCUUCUACCAAUAAAUCUGGAAAGAGCAGGAGGGCAAAACAAAAUUCAAAAGACAAACCUGAGGCAUUUACAGUCGUAGUUGCAGCUGAGGAAAUCCGCCCUGAAAGUGUAAUGCUUUCCCCUACAACAAAAAGAUUGCAACAAGGUGCAGUCAAAGGUACUGUAGGAGUGGAGACAACUACAUCGCCAGUGCCUACCAAGAAAUCUGGAAGGGGUAGAAAGCCAAAACCCAGUUUAGAUAGCAGACAUGAGACACCUGUGGAAGCAGCUGAAAGUGCAAUGUCUUCACCUUCAAAGAGAUCACGACGAGGUGCCAACAGAAAUACUGCUGAAGUGGAGACAACUGUAUCCUGUGCUCCAAUCAAAACAUCUGGAAGGGGUAGGAAGGCAAAACAAAAUACAGAAGACACGCAUGAAACAACUUCAGAAGUAGUUGCAGUUGAGGAAAUCUGUCCUGAAAGUUUAAUGCUUUCCCCAACAACAAAGAGAUCACGUCGAGGUGCAAUCAAAUAUGUUGCAGAGAAGGAGACGACUGCAUCACUUGGUUUGAUAAAGAAAUCUGGAAGGGGCAGAACAGCAAAACAAAAUUCAAAUGACACACAAGAGACACAUAUAGAAGUAACCUCAGCUGAGAAAAACUGUCCUGAAAGUGUAAAGCCUUCCCCUACAACAAGGAGAUCACAAAGAGGCACAAUCAAAGAUACUGCCGAAGCGGAAACAACUAUAUCUGCUGCUCCUAUUAAGAAAACUGGAAGAGGGAGGAAAGUAAAACAUGUUGAGGAAAUAGAAGAUGCCUCUACAGAAGUACCUGAAGAAAGCAGAGCUGAAAGCGUAAAAAUGUCCCCUCUGUCCAGAAGAUCACUUUGGUGUUCCAUUGAGGAUACUGCCAUGCAGAAAACUAGAUGUGGAAAGAUAGUAGUACCUGUGAGAGAAACAGGAGCCACAAAGAAAAAUGCAGAUGAUGCAGAAACAGAAGAGCUUGAGACCUCUAAUAAUUCAGUGAUUAUGGAUGAAAUUAAAAGUCUUUCAAAAGGAAAUGUAAAAUGGAGUACUGUGCUAACAGUAGAAAAUGUUACAACGGAGAACAAUGCUGUAAAGAAUCUGCCUGCUACUGAUAAAAGUUUGCAGAGAGGGAAAGCCAGAAGUGAAAAAGGAGAAACUUUGGACCUAAACAAGGUACCAGUGCAACCAGCAAAACCUCGUAGAGGACGACCUGGAAGGAAACCAAAAAUGACUGAAGCAGAGAUGGUUCAGGAACAGGUUGCUGAUGAGCCAAGUUCUAAAUACGAAAGCAAACGGGCUGUUCGGAUCAGUUCUAAAAUGGAAGCCUCUCUAGAGAUUAUUUCAAGCAAUGUAACAGUAAUUGAAAAGGAAGGACUUUGUGGCAAAAGAAAAAUGAUCUGUAAAGAGGCUGCUAAUGCAAAUUUUGAAGAGCAGGAACACUUAAUAGAAUUAGCUCCAAAAAGAGUCAGGCGUGGAAAAGCAAAGACAACUGUUGAUGAGGAAGCACAGAGCUCCACAGGUCCCAGUGCUUCUACAGUUGAAUUUAAAGCUGUGCCAGUAGUAGAAACGAUCAAACCUAGAUCAAUCAAGAGGACAGGGAGAACAAAAGUAUCAUCACAGCAGAAACUCUAUCUGCCUAAAGAAACUAAUGAUCACGUUAUUGAUGAGAGUGCAUCCAAGGCUGAGAAACCAGUUAAAUCAAAGAAGCCCAUUGGAAGGGGCAAAAGAAAGCUUGAGCUGGAAGCAGAAACUGAGGCUGAUUUGUCCUUUCUAAGUCCUGUAAAGUUGACCAGAGGAAAGCGUGCUAAUCUAACAAAUGAAGAUGAAACCAGAAUGUUGAAAACUGCAGCUGGUGAUGAAAAUGUAACUCUGGGAAAAGUAUCUAGAAGAGGAGCAGCAGCAUCCGAUAAGAAAACUGCAGCUACAAAAACAGAAGGCAAACCAGUCAGAAGUACGAGACGGAGAUAGACAUGUAAACAGUUGCCUCUUUAUAAAAACUGGUAGCUUGUUUGUAUUCUGUCCAUCCAAUAUAUAUAUUUUUUUAAAUGAGUAAUGCACUGCAGCUUAAUUAUGCUUGCAUCUUUUCUAUCUUAAAUACAUACUGUUCUGUAAAUUCAUUUGAUAGGUAUAUUUUAAAUAUCCCCCAUUUUAUACAGUGGUGUAAUACUCAAUUUCUGAGGGGUAAGACUUGUAUAUUUUUGCAGACUUGUGUCAUAACCAUUUUGCAUUAGCUUCUUUUAUGCUUUAUAAUUUGAUGCUGGUAAAGUUUUAAACUAAAACAAAACAGAAGUUGCUGUUUUCUAUAGCAAUUAUCAGAAUAAAAUUUGUGUAAUUUCUUUGCUUCGUUGUUACUGAAUUUAUUACCUUAAACAGUUAAGGAUGUAUCUACUGAAGCGGGUAAGACAUUUGCACUUAUUUGAAUGGAUUGUUUUACUUGUACCGUAUUGACGUACAGCAGUGUACAAUCUACAUGACCCAUCUUGGAGUACGUUUUUGGUUAUGGACCUGUAUAAUUGCAGCAGCUGAUGCAAUAACAUGUAAGCCAUAUUUAUUUUCAGUAACAUGUUUCUCUUGCCAUUGUUAACCUAACACAAUGCAUAUAUGUGUUUCAGAUUAGUAAUUGGAUUUUUUACGAUGUUUAGCUUGACAUUGACGAGAUAUUCUCAAUGUUCUAAUUAGACUAUAUGUAAACUUUGGCUUUCAGUUCUGUCCUAGUAGCUUUCUCAAAUUAUGUUUGUAAAAUUUGCAAUUUCAUAUUAGAGAUUAAAAACUGCAGGAGGCUAACAUUUAAAAUGAGAAUUAAUUUCAGGGAAAGCCCUGAAGACAAAAUUCACCCUAAUAGAAUUGUGCAUUUGGUGCUGUGAAUCAUGAUCUAUAGUCACACAGGGGAAGGCUUGUCAAGAUCAGUAUUGUUAGUCUGUAGUUGUAUUCACAGUAUUAAACCCAUCAGUGAAGUCAAUUUUGGGAAAAUGUGAACAUUAUCAAAGAACUGUAAAUUAGCAAGAAAUUUAAGCAUGUACUCUUGCAUUGCCUAAACAAAAGAUUCCUUCAUUAAAAACCUUUCAUCAUUGGUUUAAUAUCACUAUAUAACACAAUUUAUGUUCC